CCGAACGAGCGGUAUUGCAAACUAUUGUAUUUGUCACAAAUCACCGAAAUUUUUUGGUUGUAGAUCUCACAUGGUUUUUAAAGAACUUUGUGCCCGGAAUAACAGUUUUCUUCCACUGAUAAAGUCGUUAAAGCAUCAUGACUGACCACCAGUCUAAGUGUUUCGGAUUUCUGUCUCGUAACGCGCUAAUUAUCAGUGUGUUAAUUGGUGUGGCGGUGGGCUUUGCUUUCGGCUUUGGACUGCGACUUUUAGAACCAUCCAGUGAUGCCCUUACUUGGAUUGGUCUUACCGGAGAAAUAUACAUGCGUCUACUGAAGAUGACGAUUCUUCCUCUCAUUGUGUCCAGUAUUAUUACAGGAACAGCCUCAAUGAACGCUAGAACCAACGGACGCCUGGGUGCCGUCAGUUUCUGCUAUAUCCUGGUGACUACAGCUGUAGGGGCUGUCAUAGCUAUCAUCCUCUUUAUUCUCAUUCAGCCGGGGAAGCACGUCAAUCUGUCGAUGUCCAAAGACCGGACUACCGUAGGGAGAAACAUAGAAACCAGUGACAUGUUUGCCGACAUGAUCAGAAAUUUAUUUCCUGAUAAUAUCGUCACAGCUUGUUUUCAAAAGACCCUAACGAAGUAUUCACACAUCUCUGACACGGUGACAAUAAACAGUACAAAUAGCAGUAUCACAGAGGUGCAGAAAAUUCUGUCUUCUACGAGUGGAGUAAACACUAUGGGUCUUAUCAUUGCGUGCCUGAUGUUUGGCGUCACGGCCAGUAACCUAGAGGAGAGAGCCCAACCUUUCAUCGCGUUCUUUGAGACCAUCUAUAUUUUAGUUGCCAGUCUCUUAAAUUGGAUCAUAUGGUUGACUCCUGUAGGUGUGGCAAGCCUCAUUACCACCGCCCUACUGAAAGCUUCCGACAUAGAGAGUGUGUUCACCAGUAUGGGGAUGUUUGUUCUAGCACACUCUAUCGGCAUCGCUUUCCACCAGUUGGUCCUUAUCCCACUCACCUAUUUCUUCACUACCAGAAAAAAUCCACUGUAUUUCAUGGGGUAUUGCUUGAGACCGUGGUUAACUGUAUUUGCUCCUCCAAGCUCUGCUAUAGGCAUACCGGAAAUGUUAAAAACUUUGGAUGAAAAUCUUCACGUUGACAAGAGGGUUUCAAACUUUUUCGUUCCUCUUGGGGCCUCGCUAGAGCGAUGCGGGAGCUGUUUGUUCAUCUGUCUGUCAGCUCUUUUCUUGGCUCAGUUAGAUGGAAUGAUACUGGAUACUUCUAAAGUUGUCAUCAUUGGACUUCUGUCGACAGCUGGGUCCAUGGCCACGCCUUCUGUUCCGAGUAGCAGUGUGGUCUCCAUACUAGUGGUGCUCUCGUCCAUAGACAUACAAGUCCACAGCAUUGGCCUUCUUAUGGCUUUAGAGUGGUACAACGAUAGGAUUAGAUCGACAAGCAAUACUCUGACAAUCAUCUUGGGAGCAGUGAUGGUGGAGAGACUCUGUAAGACAAGUCUUAACUCCGACCAGGAAAUGGACAGUUAUAAGAACACACAGGAGACACCGCUCUACGACUCAGAAAUACGUGUCUUUGUGAACAAGGACAAGUCUUUAGAGCAUUGAUUCUGUGUAUUUAUGUUAUCAAAUAGCGAUAAAAUGGAGCUCAGACCGGCAAAAGGACAGUUAUAAGGAAACAAGAGAAACUGCUCAAUUACUCUGAAAUACUUGUCCUUGUGAACAGGGACAAGUCGUAAGAGAAUUGAUUUUUAUCACGACAUCCUGUGUAGCAAUAUAUUUAUUGUAGUUCUCUAUGAGCAAUGUUUAACUUGUUUCUGGCGACAAAAUAAGAGUUUACAAACAAUGGUUUUGAAAUGGUUUAAUCAUGUUAUGGAUUCUACUCAUUAAAAGAAUUGUAAUAUACAAUGUUAUUAAAACUUUUUCACAGUAACGACACGCAGACCACUGCAAACAUCUAUUCUAUAUUAGUAAUUUUGCUCAAUGAUACUAGAAUUUGAGCGUUACAAAUGAUGGAAUAUGCCGAUUUUCAUACAGGUUUGUCCUUUUCAGUCAAAGACGCAUUUUGUACAAAUCGUCACUUAUAAGUGUGAU